AGUGACAGAUGCAGUUAUUUCUUGGAGUGAAUGCCAGUGACUGUGAGACUUGGAUUUCCAUGGCCGUAACCCACACAUACUUACAUAGCAUUGUUUGCCAGUUGGACCGUAGUGCCACCUUGUGCACUUCACACUUGUUCCGUAGUGCUGGUGAAGUAGUUCUGUUUCACUAAUAGAUCAGUGGUGCUGGAGAUAUACCUUAAUUUCCAUUGGAUUUGGAACAGAGAAAAUGUACUGUAGGUUUACUAGAGGAAUGUAAUUUAGAAAAUUCCUGUGCGUUACUUCCUAUUAUUGGGGAAGGAAGGCUGACAGGCUGUACCCAUCCUCCUUAUGCUGUUAGAUGUCAGUGGAAAAAAGGAAGGAAGACAAAAGAAUGUGGAAUGGAGCAGCUUUGCCCAAUGGCUGUUGUUGCCAAGGAUGCGGAUGCCAAAAGGCUCCGUCGCAAAUGAGAAAAUGUCAGGAACUGUAAAUCAGAUGGAUGAGGGUACCUGAGUGGGAGGCUCCACACCACGAGUCUUGCAGGGACCUGAUUCCUGUUACAACACAGGCAUGCUGAAAAGGAGUGGAGAAGGGAUAUGGAUCACAGAAAUACAGGGAGAUGAAAAACCUAAGACUUCGAGGAGAUGGAAGGGAAGCGGGAAUUAUAUGGCAAUAAAAGGGCAGAAGAAGAAUGGAGAGGAAGAAAAGAGUGAGGAGAUGGAUAGGGAUUUUUAUUUUAAUCUUUUUUAAAAAGAAAAACAGGGCAGGAGAAUACGGGAAUUGAGUAGGAAGAGCAAAGCUGAAAGACUUCAAAAGCAAUCCAGCAAAGUGAAUUUAGGAAAGAGGAAAUAAUUGUAGGGGAGAAAAGAUUUUGGAGACAGAGGGGCGCUGAGAGAAUUGGAUGUUCUGGAACACUGCACAGCUGUGGAAAAUGGGAAACUUCCUUCACAAAGGAUGGAAAUCUGCUGAGAUUUUGAGAACGUGUCGGCCGCAAGCAAGGCAUGGUGAGAAGUCAAGAUACAGGUUUUUCAUGCCUUCCUCAUCUCAAAACAGUUGCAUAAUGCAAACGUUUCAUUUCUGACAAGAGACCACAGAAUUAUGGAGCUUCUGUACUGUGCAAUGUUCCUCUCUGGAAACAUAAAAAAAAGCCUCUACUUUUUGAUUCUGAAUAGCACAUGAAGUGAGGAGUUUCAACACUGAUAAGAGAUGAACUCAUAUCUGCGAGAACAUCAGUUCUCUCUUACAGUGGGAAGAGACUCGUGAUGCAACAACAGAUGCUGCCACCCUGAUUUUUGGGAUGAUUAAAAAGAAAAAAAUUAGUAAUGAAGACAAUCCCUCAGUAUCACCGUUGGUGGGAGAAAUCCAUAUACUCAGCUAUGCUGAAGAGGUUACUGAGCGGGUGAUGGAGAAUUUGAAUAUACGCCUGUGCUGAAACAGUGGAAGCAAUGGAUCAGACUGCAGCCCAGCAAAACGAAGUGCUGCAUUUUCUACAUUUCUGAAAGCAAGGUGCUUCUGAUUUGACAGCAGAUGCUGCAGGGAUGUAGAGCUUAAGGAAUUGUUAUGUUUUGCCAAAACACGAGGGGAACUCGGAGAGGACAUCAGAACUGGGAUGCCACUGUUUUCUUUCUUCAGUAAUGCCUUGCUUCACACGCAUCCUUUUUAUGAUAUGCUGUUUCUAAACAGUAAAAACACUAAAAAUAGAAAGUCAGCAAGGUGGAUUGGCUGAUCGGGUGCAUUUAUCUUUGGAAGAGAUGGUCCUGGUCAUUAAGCUUCUGUUCUUCACCUGCCUGUGGCCGACAGCAGUGCUACACAGCUCCCAAAGUCAGCAUCACCAUCUUCACCACCGUCAGCAAUUCUCAUUCUUAAGAAAGCAUAACAGCAAACGAGAUAUUAAAAUGAGGAAACUUGACAGCACCAAAGUCCGGCCACUUAAAUCUGAGCAGCUUCUUCGCAUAGAGGAUCAUGACUUUGCACUGAGACCUGGAUUCGGAGGGUCGCCAAUACCUGUGGGCAUUGAUGUGCAGGUAGAAAGCAUUGACAGCAUAUCUGAAGUUGACAUGGAUUUCACCAUGACUCUGUACUUGAGGCACUACUGGAAGGAUGAGCGUCUCUCGUUUCCCAGCACCAACAACAAAAGCAUGACUUUUGAUGGAAGACUGAUAAAAAAGAUCUGGGUACCUGAUGUGUUUUUUGUACACUCCAAAAGAUCUUUCAUCCAUGAUACAACUGUGGAAAAUGUCAUGCUCCGAGUGUACCCCGAUGGCAAUGUACUCUUCAGUCUAAGAAUAACAGUUUCUGCCAUGUGUUUCAUGGAUUUUAGUAGGUUUCCUCUGGAUACCCAGAACUGCUCUUUAGAACUGGAAAGCUAUGCGUACAACGAAGAUGAUCUGAUGUUAUACUGGAAACAUGGAAAUGAGUCUUUGAGCACAGAUGAGCACAUCUCCCUCUCCCAGUUUUUCAUUGAAGAAUUCAGUGCUUCCAGUGGACUUGCAUUUUACAGCAGUACUGGCUGGUACAAUCGACUUUUCAUUAACUUUGCACUCCGGAGACAUAUUUUCUUUUUUGUGCUACAAUCAUAUUUCCCAGCCAUGCUUAUGGUGAUGCUGUCUUGGGUUUCUUUUUGGAUUGACAGAAGAGCCGUUCCUGCCAGGGUAUCACUAGGCAUAACUACGGUGCUGACAAUGUCAACCAUCAUCACAGGAGUAAGUGCCUCAAUGCCUCAAGUGUCUUACAUAAAGGCUGUGGAUGUGUAUUUAUGGAUCAGCUUCCUUUUUGUCUUCCUAUCUGUCAUCGAAUAUGCAGCAGUGAACUAUCUCACCACCAUUGAAGAGAGAAAGCAACUCAAGAAAAGGGGCAAGGCCUCAGGAAUGUAUAAUAUUGAUGCAGUGCAAGCAAUGGCUUUUGACGGCUGCUACCAUGACCCUGAUGUUGAGAUGGACCUGCCUGCUUUCACCGACCGCUGUGAAGAGAAUGAAACUCGAGCGCGAGCAGUCAGUGUCUCCAAUGUGGGCACAGCUCGCAUCAAGAGGAAGAGAUCUUUUAAGGGAAAUGUGGGCAGGAUUAUUCUACAGAACAAUCACGUCAUUGACACAUAUUCCAGGAUUAUAUUUCCCAGUGUGUAUAUUGUGUUCAACUUCUUUUACUGGGGUUUGUACAUAUGAACAAAAAUCAUUACAAGCUAGAUUUUAUCUUGGGUAUGUGGAUAAUGCGACGGCAGCGAAGGAAAGGGUUAAAAGCUUCUGAAACUGGUUUCUGCAUCAAACCAAGGCUGGUUUGGUUAACAGCAAAACUGCUGAUGGAAAAACUCUCACGGUCUGAUCUUUUAGCUGGACUGCUCCAUCAUUCAUUGGGGCAAUCCAAUGUGCGUGCUACUGCUGCAGUAUCACAGGAGCAGCUUGCUCACUAAGGGAGCCCUUUAUUAAACACCUAAACAGAUAGCAGCUCCUGGCCAAUGUAUUAUCCAGUGUCCAUUUAUGCUCUAAUCAUUCCUCUUUAAUCAUGUUCUCCACUUGUUAUCCACUUGUUAUCCAGUUAGCACCAAUCACCUUCCAACGGCCCCUACCCCAGUUUCACUUACUGCAUUUCUGUUUUGCUAGACAACCUGUAUGCACCUCAGGAGCCUUUGCUCUUUGAUAGUAAGGAAAUGGGGAAAGAGACUGUGACUUAGUAGUGCGUUAGAGACCAGCAGGAAGCAGGAAGUAAAGCUGAUGAGUCUUUGUACACUAUACAUAACCAAUGCCUCAAGAGAAAGCUUCUUCUGAUCAGCUGCCCUGGCUUUCCACUAGACUACUGAGAAGGACCUCUAUUUUGGAGGAAUUUUGCUCACCAGUCCCCAAGAUAGCACAGGAAUAAUGACCCAAACCACUGCACUCGGGGUCUUACAGCCACCUCCCUGUGAGUAAAUAGCAUCACCUACACAAGGUGUGCCCUUCAUGUGACACCCCCACACCCGUGCCUCACGUGGACCUAUGCUGAUCACCUGCUUUCUGCCUAACUGCUUAGAGCCACGUACAGGAAUCCUGCUGUUCCCAAAUGAAUGCUGCAUGGAAAUACCCUUACUGUGUAAGGGUACUGGCUAAGAAAGUAACACUUCUGGCUAAGAAAGUUGAAUUAAGGAUGUUCAGGGACAGAACAAAAGUGUUCACAACUCCGGAAAAGAAUCAAGAAUACUUUUUGUGACUUCUCAAAGUAAGAAACAUUUUUCACUUACAUUUCCUGGUUUUCUCUGUCAUUUAAUGAAGUGGGUUUAAAUUUACAAAGUUGGUUCAAAAUAAUAAUGUGUGGUGGCUAAAAACGUGAAAAGGUCACGGCUUGGUUAAGAUUAUUAGGAAAUGGGAAUAAAUUUGGAAGUCUGAACUGC